AUGCCGCGGCAGCUACCUCUUUCGCCGCCUGAGUUCAUCCCCAGCUACAACAGCAACGGUUGUGGAGGUAUGCACUACCAGCAGAACCCCUACGCUGCCCAGCACGGCGUCGCAGGCCACGAGGAACCUCGCUACGACUUCACAGAGCGCUACGGCCACAACUCCGCCAUGGCUCCCCCGUCAAUCAUGUACCCCCAGCAUGGCGCGUACCAGAGCACCAAUACGUCCGGCCUUCAGCCGCCUCACUACUACGAUUCCGUCGGCGCCCCCAUCCUUCCUCUUCCGAUGCCCGAGAUGGAAAUGCACCGUCAGAUCCAGCACGAGCAGCAGCGCGUUGAUUCGCACAUGAAGGAAGAGAAGCCCGUUGGCGGCGUCUCCGCCAAGCUCGACUACGACAUGGAGACGAUGACGGAUUUCGUGUCUGAAAUGGCACAGGGAAUGUAUGCUCUCUUCAAGUCCCCGAUCUGCCUAGCAGAUAUUGACCUCAUGCGAAGCAUCCAACCAGGUCGUGCAUCUUCUCCGUCUUUCCGGAAGUGGGUCCACCAAGUCCUUUGCGCGACGCGUCUUCCUUCCGCGACGAUUCUGCUCAGCAUGAACUACUUGUCGAUCCGCAUGGACAUGCUCUCGACGGGUACCCCCUUCAAGAGCAACGAUUCGCAGGUCUACAGGUUCCUCACCACGGCCCUGAUGCUGGGAAGCAAGUUCCUCGACGACAACACCUUCAUCAACCGCUCCUGGUCCGAGGUCAGUGGCAUCAGCGUCACGGAAUUGAACCAGCUCGAGAGGGACUGGCUCAUCGCUCUUGGCUACAACCUUCACCGUGAGCCGACCGAGUCGCGCGGGUUCAACUCUUGGCUCGAGCAUUGGAAGGAGUACGAGGCCCGUGUUGCCGCUCGCGCCGCCAACACGACCAAGUUGGCUCCCAUUAACACCAGGGUUCAGGGCAACCUCAACCGCUUGCGCUCGAUGCCCAAGCUGCCUUCCCCGGUGUCCAACCAGUGCACGUACGCCAAGUCGCUGUCUUCGUGCGACUCUUUCUCGCAGCAGGGCACGCCUGGCUACACACAGUUCGAUCCCUGGCACGUCUCGCGUUCCGCGAACGAGCGUUCUCCUGCGUCCGCUCCGCACACGGGACCCACGACUCCGGAGUACUAUGGCGGUCCUGGCACUUGGGCGCCUCCGGAUGGUUACGCCCGUCGUAGCGUCUUUGGUUUCCCUCCGUUCCACCAGCUGCCCAGCCCCCAGGAGCAGGCGCCCAUGUUCCCCCCGGCGUACGCUCACUACGGACAGCACAUGUGGGGCGGUCACGGUGCGGGCUGCAACUGCCUCUACUGCGCACGUCAGCACCCUUCGUACUUCAUGGCCCCCGGCUUCGGUCCCCAGUCAGUCACGGCGUAA